ACCGUUUUUUGGCCUUCAUAAUACACCGCGUAAUCGAUUCAUCUUCCACUAUGAAGGCUACCCUGUAUCGACUCUAGGGUUAUCGCGAAGCUUUGAACAAGCCAGGCUUCACCGUUUUUUGGCCUUCAUAAUACACCGCGUAAUCGAUUCAUCUUCCACUAUGAAGGCUACCCUGUAUCGACUCUAGGGUUAUCGCGCUAUCUCAUUCGGUUAUUUUUGCAACGGGAAAAACUCUUACGUUGGUUUCAAGAGUAUCUCAAAUUCUACGAAUGGUAGAAAAAGAGCAACGCAGCAAACAAAAAUGGAGUUUUCUAUCAAGAAGACGAUAGUCGUUUUUACAACUGCCGUGUACAUUCUCGUUUCUGUUUCAGCUCAUGAAACAGCCGGACAAAAAAUCUGGGACGGCGUUGUCAAAGCCGGACAGGCAACCGGUGCGGGGAUUCAAUAUGCAGGAGAGGCGGCGGCGAAGUUGGGCAAGGAACUAAAAAAUGACCCCGUCAAAGCAAUAGAAGACAGAAGGCAGGCCGCAAAAGAAGCGGCAGCUGAUUCACUUGGGACACUCAAGAAGCGUGGCCAGGAUGCGGCAGAGGAGGCAGCAGAGACGCUCAGCGCUGUCAAGAAGCACACUGUAGAAAACGUUGGUAUGACCAACAACACAGCGAAGGAAUGGGCUAAAGAGUCUCGGGAAAAGAUUGCGGACAAGGCUGCAGAACUUCAGCGGAAGUUACAGGAAUCCGGCGAGAGUAUAAAGGAUACUGUCUCAGACUGGUGGACCGCCGGACAGGCGAUUGUAAAGGAUAGUCUCGAUGAUGCAAGCCAAACUGCAAAAAAUAACGCCGCGAAAGCAAAAGAGACAGUCUCCUCCUUGUUAGGGACACUUUCAGAAAGUGCCGAGAAAGGGGCAAAUGCAGUGAAGGAGAAGUCGGCAGAAGCAGGAGGAAGUCUGAAGGACAAAGGGUCGUCAUGGUGGCGAAGUGCGAAGCAAUCUUCCGAUGAAGCUAAGGCAGCUGCAACUGAUGUCGCGGACAGAGCCAAAGAGGGAACUUCGUCUUGGUGGAGCGAUACCAAAGAACAGGCGGCUGACGUGAAGAAGCAAGCAGAGACUGCGGUGGACGAGGGAAAAGAUAGGAUUUCUUCAUGGUGGGAUUCUGCGAAAAACAAUGACAAUGGUGUCAAAGACAUAACAGGUGGUGUUGUUAGCAAGGCCAGCCAAGCCAUUUCAUCGUGGUGGGAAGGCGCAAAUGAUGAAGUAGAGAGAUCCGCGCAAAGUGUUGCAGAUAUCACAGGAAAGGCUAAAACAGCCGCUCCAUCCUGGUGGGAAACUGCUAUGGGCAAGAAAGAGGAAGCGAAAGAAGCUGUAGGGAAUGGUAGCACUUCCUGGUGGAGAACUGCCACUCAAGCAACAGACAACGCCGGCGACGCUGCGGAAGAAGCAAAGCGGCAGGCGUCUACAUGGUGGGGCAGUGCAGAAGAUAAGGUGGCAGACGCAGAGGACGUCGUGAAGAGGGUGGCUUCUAGCUGGUGGCGAAGAGGUGGACAGGCCACUGACGAUGCUAAAACGGCUGCCGUUAAAGCACAAGACCAAGCGAAUGCUUGGUGGAGCGAUGCGAGCGACAACGUUGAGGAGGCAAGAGAGUUAGCACAGCAAGUAGAAGACAAAGCGACUGAAGCCGGUUCUUCCUGGUGGAGUAAAUUAACUGGUGCCACGGAAGAUGCUGGAGUUGAUGCCAAACUGAAAAUUGCUAAAACAGUGAAAGAUCUAGGCGAAGACGCAACUCAUUUGGCUUCUAGUUUUGAAGAAAACGCUUCAGAUGAGAAAAGGCGCAGAAAUAAAAAAAAACGGGAGGAGCACUGACUGGAAAGGAUAGCGUCAGCCGACGACGAAGCGCCAUCCUGGCAGUUACCACUUAGUUCGACCUUUACAAGAUGCUCUUCGUCUGAUGUGUCAGCUUGGCAGGUGUACAGUGGUAUCAGUUGUUGUUCAAGUCUAGUGCUGUUUUACGGGCGAGGUGUGAUGGGAUCGCCUCGCCCGUCACCGGUUUGCGUCAGUGGGUUCAGGUUGGUUCAGGAGAUCGAUCUGUCAAUUUUCCCUUUCUAGUGUUUGAUGGCCAAGUGUGAAGUGAGCUAUUGGUCUGCGGGCGAAUGUUUUUCACGGUCGAGAACGUAUCCUUUUGUUUCGGUCGACGCGCGUAUAAUGUAAGAGUCACACGGUUACCAGCAGUCGACUGUCGACAGCCUCUUCACAGGCUUAAAGAAUCAACAGUGAUCAACAACACCCUGUCAGAUCGGGCUUCGAGAGUGGAGACCAUUUAUCAUGAUGUUUCAAACAGGAUCCUGGAGCGGUCAAGAGUUUGAAUUAGGCUGAACUGUUACACAUAUCCAAACAGCGAACGGAUGAGUGACGGGUUUAGUCUGCAUUCGAGAGCUCUUAGAAAUUAGCCCGCGCUAUGGAAGGUCUACGUCCUAUGCUGUAUUACCACUACCACGAUCGAUUCAUGCCUCCACCUCACCCUGAGCGUUUUGUGAACCGUUUGUAGGAUGAGUGUGAUCGCUUGAAUCGAGUGCUUAAAGGCAUGGUGAGCCACUGUGGUUGCACGUAGAAAGAUGAUACAGACGCAAAUAUGCUUUGCUGGCGGUGAAGCUAAAGAAGCAUCAGGAUUAGAGAAACAUGAUUACGCUACCAUAGCUAGACUGCCUUCAUGUACAAACGAUCGAAAGAGUACAACUUUCACUGCUGUUAUUAUUCAGUUGGAUGUCUGAGUCACAGAACUCAAAGGCGGCGUACAAGUAUCAGGCACUUGGUGAACCGGAAGGAGCAAACCAAAAUGGCUAUGGAGACACCUAUACAGAACUCGACUCAGCCGUCUGGUCGAGUUCGUCUCUGUCUGAGCGUGCUUGAUAUGCAUGCUCACAAAGAUGUCAAAGGCGGUGGGGAGACAUACAGGGUUGUACUGCAGAUCGAGGCCGCUCAAUGAUGUGGCAAUGCUGACUGGAUAAUAUAACUGUCUUUGAGCGUAUCGAUGACAGUGGAGUGCAACACAGUAGAACUCCCCAGCAGUGCAACUAGUGGAGUCCCAGUGGAGGAAAUUAAAAAGGAAAUGCACAGGAAUCUCCGGGCGAAUAUGGUAAGUCCGAAACGACUUUUUGAAGUACUUCUGGUCGUCAUAUCUUGGAACUGUUUGUGGAUGCCGUGUGUGGUCCACGCUACAUCCUCUAUCGAUCAUACAACUGUCGGAAGGUGCGCUGAGCACAACAGGUUUGAUAAGAGAGAGAGUUCUAAUCCUCGGAUUGUAUACCCGUCCCUAGGUUACUUACUGCAAGUUUUUAUGAGAUACAGAAAACCGAGUUCACUGACUGCUGUAGGCCACCACUUUCCCGGACCGCUUACGAGGGUUAAAAGUGUUGGAUUUCGAUACUUUACAACAUUAACGUUAUUCUACAUCGGCUGCGUUCCAGGUGUAAUAUACGGAUUACUGGUAUCAUUCGUCUCAACGGUGAGAGAAAAACACUACUCGGAUGCUAGUAUGAUCAGGACCAUCGUAAAAAAGUUGAUCACCUCAAAAACGGCCUAUUCCACAAGCACCUCAAUUGGGAGAAUAGCUACUACCUUAUACCUGAAUACUGGAUUUGUUCUAUGCCCAUGCUAAACCAACACUGGUACUGACUACAGCUUCCAAGCAAACGCAAAUACAGGCAGGAAAUAGGAAUCCUACACUUUCAGCUGUUGUAGAUUCCAUUGGGGUGAUGGUAUACAGCGUUGAAAAAGAAGUUGGUUGUCCGUUUCUCAUCGCUGAAGUCAUAUUCAGAGAGUUUAAAUGGUGGUUGACUUUCCUUUUUUCUUCGGUUCUCAGUGCAUGGAUACCAAUCUUGAAAACUGAAGCUUGACUCCCUAUCGCACAUUUUUACAGUGGAAUUCCUACAGAAUAUCGAGCCCAAUAUUAACUUUCAAUACUACGCAGUUGAACAAUGCAAAUAUCCUUGUUAUGGUUCUAUACCAAACCUCCUACUGAGGAGCUUUAAAAACCGAAAGUGUUGCUACAGGACUCAAAAAGUAGUGCCUGCAACAGUCAAGAUUACUCCUACCCUGCAAGGAUUCAGAUUUGGAGCUGACUAGCGAGGAACGCCAGUUCCUUCUUAGGUGUGUCGACACACCAAGGAUUGCUCGCCCUUUCAAGAUGCAAGUUGUAUAGUGCCGUGGGAAUGCAUGUGUUGAGCGUCCGGGAUAUAAACGAUCGAACAGGUAGAGUACACGCUUCUUCCACUUCUUGGCCUGAUCAUUAUUCGAGUCAACGGCAGAGGAAAAAAACAACAAACAAGCCUCCCAUUGGCAGCUCAUUCCCAGAAGCUGGGAAACAAACAAUUAUGGCAAAUCCGCAACAGGACAAGAGCUCGGCACGCCAGACUUAUAUUCGUAGAAAUCUGCCACCAAUUGUUGGGUCCACCCUUAUCUGAUUCAUCAGUGUUGCUGGCUCAUCCGUGCCAUUCCAAGAGAUGGCGAAAGCCCCAUACAACUGUCAACAAAGAACGCGUGAUGCGACGCACAAGAAUCAACAUUAUUCCACCCUGUCUCCAUAUCGCUGCUAUGUGAAACUCGAUAUCAGGCUUACUCUAAGGACGUCACUGAGCACAUUCAGAAGGCAGUGCGCCAGUAUCUUGCUUAUUUCCUGUAGCCACAAGACGCUACGAGAAUGACAGUGCUUCAUACCUGCGUCAAAGCUUUCGAUAACUUCUUGGGUCCAACUUUCUGGAUCGCAAUGCGCAGAUGCGGAUUCACGUAGGUGAUGAUCUAGGGUGGCGAUCUCACGGCUGGUACAUAGUUGAGAGAGAGUUACAAGGGCCGAUGUGAGUCGAUGGCCAGUAUUGUCCACUCCACAGCAAGAGACCGACCUCAGACACUGCCGUGCCUCGACAGCCCGAACCGUCCGCUCUAGUAACAGAGCCAAGGUCUGCAUACAAGAUCGUCAAACGAGGGGUUUUUUAUGCUGUCACGUGCUGUUUGAGCCUCAACAAUGCCAGGAUGGGCUUACCCACAGCUUAAAAUCACAUUCCUUGAGAAAGGUGAAUUUUAUACGCCUGUGGACAGUGAGCUACAGAUCUGUGCGACUCUCUGUCGGGUCGGACUAAACUGCGAGAAUUACUGUGGAAUACAGAUGCAUCAACCCGUAUGUAACUGCUGGUC